AUGACUACCUUUGCUCAUCAUUCACUGCUCGAUAGUCGAUAUGCAGCUAUAGCCGAAACUAGUGUAUAUACUUAUGAUGAUGAUCUUGUUAAUUAUGCUGAAUUUCUUAAAAAACAUGAACGAUAUAUGACAAAAGGUGGUUAUCUUGAUUCUAAUCGACGUGUUCGUUCACUUCAACGACAACAAAAUGAUUCAAAUGUACCACAGAAUCAAAAUUCAUCAUUAAGAAAUAGUUUACCUGCUUCUAUUAAUAAGUCUUCUUCAACACCAACUUUAAAACCAUCGAAAAAAUCUAAACAACCGAGUGAAAUUGAAUUACCAUCAAUUAUAUCUGUUUCAACAAAUAUUGAACAAAAUCAAAAAGAAUAUGAUAGACAAUUGAGACUUAUUGAGGGACAAGUAAUAAAAUCAAAAGAAAACGAACUUGAAUUAAAACGUUCAGAACGUGAUGUUAAAAAAGAACAACGACCAUUACAUUAUACUCUUAAAGAACUUGAUAUUGAUGGACCUAAAAAACGUUUUGAUGCUGAAAGAUUUCAAUCGAAAAAUCCUGAUGAAAAAGAAUUAUCAAAAAAGAAAGAUCAGCAAAAUAAACAACGACCUGAUCAUGUCGUUGAUUUAAUACAAACUGGUAAAGAUGCUGAUCGUGAAAAUGUACUUGUUUGUAAUGAUCUUGCUCGACAGUAUCGAAUAAAAGCAAAUGAAAUAGAAACAAAACAUCAGAAAUUAGCUGAAAUUCAUUCCGAAUUUGAAAAUAAACGUCUAGAAAAAGCGGCGGAAGAAAAUCGAGCCAAAAAAGAAGUAGGUGAUAUAGUCAUGGCACUUCAUUUAGAAUCUCAAAAAGGUAAAAAUGAUAAAAGUGAAUAUUCAAAUCUAUUGAGUCGUGAACGAAUUGAUACAAUUAAACAUGAUCUUCGACAAGAAGAAACAUUCGAAGAACGACUUAAUAAGACAAGGGUUUAUGUAAAAAAUUAUGGUCUUGAACGACAACAUUUAUUUGCUGAUGCAACAGCUCAACGUGCAAUUAUUGAUGUUAAACAACGUGAAGCUGCACGUCGAAUAAUUGAUACAAAAAAUCGAUUGGAAAAAAUAUAUGCUAAACAACGAGCACUUAAUGAAGAUGCAGCUAUUGCUCAACAAGAUCGACGUGCUGCUGAAUUAAUGACUAAAAUUGCUGAUGUUGAUAAUCGUCGAACACAAUUAGCGAGUCAAUAUUUACGUGAGAAAAUUGAACGAGAAGUAGCAUUUGAAACUGAAGGAGCAGCUAAAGCUAAAGUACAAUAUGCUGAACAAGAAACACGACAACAUGAAGAUCAUUUACGACAUUUUCAAAAAACGGCAAGUAAAAAUGAAGAGGCUGAACAUGAUUUACAAGAAUCACUUAAACAAGUAGAAUAUGAACGACGUAAAAAAGAACUUGAAGUAAAACAAAUACGAGAAGAAUUAAAUCGUAAGAAAAAACUAGAUGCCAUUAAUGUACGUAAGGAAAUAUCACGUGCUGAACAUGAAGAAAAAGAAUUAGAAGAACAAAUUAUUAAAGAAAAAGCAGAAUUAGAUAAAUUACAUUCACGACGUGAAGAUAGUUAUUUACGUUUAAUAAAACAUCGAGAUCAAAUACGUGACAAUAGAAUUUUAUUAGAAACACAUCAACGUGAAUAUGAACGUCUUUUACGUGUUCAUGCUCGAUCACAAUCCUUACAAUCAUUGAAUAAUAUUUAA